GUGUAUGUAAAAUAGUGUCAGACACAGUAAUUUAUUCUCCAUCACGCUUUUACAAAGAAUAUACUGCACUAAGAAAUUAUUUAUACUCACGGAAAUAAAUAUAUGUACUACAGACUUUAUGUGUCAAUAUAAUAUGGACUUUCCAAAAAAAAACAAAGAACCGGCAAAGUACCUGACGACCUUGAGAAGACCUGUGGCUGCCAUAAAAAAAAGGUCAGGACCGCUGAAUAAAGCGCUUGACGAGGUGAACGAUAAUCUACAUGGAUCGCAAAUAUCCUUAUCGCCAUCUUCAGAUGUCCUCAACAUACGUAAGCCAAAUAGUUUCACAAGCAAGCACUCAGGAGGAGUUCCUUCUGGAAAUAGGAUACGACGUCGUAGCGCAAAAGACAAGGAAAAAAAAAGAGAGCGCUGGCUUUUAACUCGAAAAACGUGGAGAUAUAUGACAGAUGCUGGUCGGAAGCUUAUUCCUGAUAGCUAUCAGGCAGGGUCAGACAACUUUGAGUUACUAGAAGAACAUUUUCAACGAGUGUGUUUAUCUGAACCGAGUUUUAUUUUGUGGAGUCGAAGAACCUCGUACCCAGGAGCAAUCAACAGCUCUAAGCGAAGAUUAAAACAGUUGUCUCGGCACGCGUGUUCCAGCCGUAGAGAAAAUAGACUUGAGACAACAAAUAGUUAUUAUAACGCCGAUCGAACUAUCGAGUUAUUGCAGACGUUUCUUAAACUUCGCGAUGCGUACAAAACAACAACGUUACUUGGUUCAAAAACGGUUCGACCUGACCAAACAUCAUCACCUAGUGCACAGAGACCAAAUUUUGUCAACACGAAUGAAAAAGAUCAAACAAUGUCCUCUGACAUGACUCUUCAAAAAGAACUCAUUUGCCGUCUGAAACUUCUUUCUAGUGGCCUUAUGUUUGCACAAGAGGGAAUUCAGUUGGAAUUUAGCGAUUCACCUGAGACUAUACUUGAGGACAAAGUACUAUUGAAGAAAAUCUACAGCACCCUCAAGAAACAACAGCUUCAUCGGACCCUACAUUCCAAGGAACCGAAUAAAAAAAGUGUUAAUCGGUCAACUUCUUUGUCUUGCUUAAAAAUUGGCGCACAUGAAAGUAUGUCUAGUGGUAUAUCCCAUAAGGACCAAAAGAAAAUAAACCAAAAUUUCCUAUGUGUAAAAAAAUGUGAUACUAGCAAAAUUUCGAAAAUCGCGAAAAAUUCAAAUAAUUUAGAUCUCAACAGUGUUAUACAAAGCUUCGAGUUUCCAAACAAGUGUCUUCUGAAAGAUCAAAAAAUUGAUAGAAGCCUGAAAUCUUGUGGAACUCAAACUAGUUUUAUUCAACUUAGCGAACUAAAAAGUUUGGCGGAACAAUACAAGUGUAUGGUUCAAAACAGCGAUAAUAGUUUACAAGUAUUGCAAGAAUUUGAUAAACAGGAUGGUUUAACUUCUUCACGUUUGAGCUGUAGAAAGAGUUCGAUAGACGAAGACAUUUCUCAGUCAGUAAGCGAUACCAUUAAACGUUAUCUGAAAAUGGCGAGAAAGAAAAGUGUACAAGGUUCUGAGUCAAAUCGAUUUAAAUCGGUUAACUAUGAUCACAGUCUCAGAAAUAUAAAAGCAAAGGGCGAAAUUAAUCCACCAGGACUCAAUGAUGGAUUGAAUAAGGCUGUACAAACUUUAGAUGCUUGGCCAGUUAUAGCAUUGGAUUUUAUUAAGGGAAACGAAAGUUCUACAUACCUGCAAAACGCUCACAUAGAAUGGAUAAGAUCUGAGGAUGAACGAAAACAGAAACAGUUAGAGUGGCAAAAAAAACAGUCACAAUUUGAUGAAGAAGUGCAUACUCCACAUAUACAUGAUCGGGAAAACAUCUCACAUUAUUCAACCUGCAAAUCUGCUCCUACAUCGCCAACCAGCCAUUCUAAGUUGGAAAAGGCUAUAAGGACGUCUAGCGGAUUACUUUCUUCAAGUUCUCAGUUUAUUUCAAGCAUUUUGCACGGGCAUAGUAAUGCAGGAAGCCAUAUUAACACAUUACCCGACAAAUGUCCGUAUUUAAAUCUUGGGAAUGAAUCAGCAAACAUGCAGAAAUCAAAAUCACUAUCAAAUGUUGGACAAUUUGUAACUAAAAAAAUUUGGCGAAGUCGUUCCAAAAGCCAAAGUAAACGCAAUUUCUCUAAAGGUUUUAUGAAUUUACCCUUGCCUUAUGUAAGGUGGUAUCCUUCGGACAAUUGUACGUGGAUUUCAGAAUCUGGCGAAAGGUUUCAAAUUGUUGAAACUUUAUUGAUAAAACUGUCGAAAAUAGAAUCAGAUUUAGUUAAGGAUUUUGCGUUAGAGAAAAUUGAGGAACUGAAUAUUGGAAAUAUUGAUGAUUUAAAGAAAAUAUCUAAAAAACGACGUAUCGCAGCUAAAAAAAAAUCGUUGACCACGAGCUUUUUUGAUAUUGGAAAGAAAGAUGACCAAAAUGGUCGCAUUGUAUUGUUUGGAACUUCAUUGGAAUGUUGCCUAACGAGAGACAGAGAAGGAAGCGCUAAUAUAGAGGACCGAUCGGACCAUUCAGUUUUUCGGGGAAGCGGCAGUAACCCAGGAAGUGUUAUGAAGCUAAACGACAAUGUGAGGUCAUGUGAAAGUUUGCCAUCUAAAUCCCUGGAAUACGGAUACAUGGACCCCUCCGAAUGUUUUAGCGACUCUUUUACAAAUGUUCCAAAGCCAUCAGCAUCCUUGUCUCAGUUUGAAAUCGAAGACACUGAUCUAGGUUUUUAUAAGCCGUACCAAGAUCAAUUAGUACUCAUGGUACCAAUGUUCGUAAAUAACUGUAUUGAAUAUUUGGAAGAGAAUGGUUUGCAAAAAGUUGGGCUCUUUCGAGUGAGCACAUCUAAAAAAAGAGUAAAGCAAUUGCGCGAAGAAUUCGAUAAGAAUUGUAAUUUUAGGAUUUCUGUCAAUACAUGCCCGCAUGACGUUGCAACCCUGCUUAAAGAAUUUCUACGGGACCUUCCAGAACCACUUCUUUGCGACAGUCUCUAUUCAACUUUUUUAAAAACGCAACGUAUAAGGAACAGACGCCUGCAACUAGAGGCUAUAUCACAUUUAAUUAGAUUACUUCCUAUACCACACAGAGACACGUUGUAUGUCUUACUAGUAUUUCUAGCAAAGGUAGCAGCCCAUAGCGAUGAUAUAUGCUCUACUGACGGCAACUGUUUAAUGUUUGGAAAUAAAAUGGAUAGCAAUAAUCUAGCAACAGUAUUUGCUCCAAAUAUCUUGCGUAGCACACACUACACAUUUUUAAGGGACAGAGAGCAAGAAAAUGUGAACGAUGCAAUUAACGUCGUAAGGACCAUGAUCAAUCAUUAUGAAGAAAUUUUUAAGAUAUCAGCAGAAUUGCUUGAUGGUAUCUAUACACGAGUGCUGGAAGCUUGCCCCGAAAAGUUAUACGAGCUGAUAUCAACAAAAAUAAAUGGAUACGAAUGGAACCUACAUCAAUUAGAUGAACCGCAGCCGAGCAGUAUAGCAGAUGUCGUUUUCCAGCCUCCAGUCCAAGGAAAUCGCCUAGAGCAUAUUAAUCACUUCAAUGGCAUUGAACUAGAAAAACAGCAAGAAAAAACAAGAGGACUUAAAGAAACGUCUAAAUGUAGUUCAAUUGAUUCCAAGAGAUGUCAGGAAGGAAGGUUAGAAAUUGUCACAGCAAGCCUGAAAAUAUCUGUGCCGGAAAAAACGCAUAUACACAAUAAAGAGUCUAUAGAAAAUAGAGAAAUUAAAACGACACGCCGAAAAAUGUGUAAGCCCAGACUACCAGCCAACUCUUCAGACGUUACUACAAUGAGUGCAGAUGUCGUCGAAUUUCAAAAUAAAUUGAAAGCAGCUACAUGAAAUAAUCUUUUUGAUAUCCAUCAAGCAGGAAUGCGGAAUAAAGCAUCUUAUAAGUAGCUGCACCUAAUAUCUAGCUCAAGACGAGUUUACCAAGGGUUCUAAAUUAUUAAAUUAUUAUUAUUUAUAUUGUUAACAUUUUCAAUCGGUAGAAAUCGGUUUAAUAUAUAAAAUACUAUAAAACUGUAAAUCCGUUGUUGUUUAGGAACAUAUAUCCCAAUUGUAUACCAGUAUUUUCAGUACUUCAGGGCGUAGAAAUACAAUCGUAUUCGUAUUACCUUAAAAAUCACUCCACGUAAGCACACGGACCAAAACAUUAGUUUUUUAUGGUUGUCAGUUUUUCCUACUUUACUUAAUUGAUUAACAGGCAUGAAAGAAUUAGUUGAAUCCCUAAGAAAUAUCUUUUUCUACAAAACAUAUUUGA